AUGGGUGACCGAGUUGACGCUUUGGAGACACAGAUGGGGAAUGUGACAACAACAUUGCAAGAUCUCGCUCUACAGAUGCAACAACAUGCUCAGCAAAUGCAUCAACAAAGCUUGGUUCUAGAAGAAUUAAGCAAACAGAUAGGAAAAAAAGGAGAGACUCUAGAGGGGGAAGCCUCUGUUGGCUCUACACAGAGUGAAUCUCGCCUCACUGGGAAGAAGGUGAAAUUUCCUCUAUUUGAUGGUGAUGAUCAUGUGGCAUGGAUUACACGGGCCGAAAUUUAUUUCGAUGUUCAGAAUACAUCGGAUGAUAUGCGUGUGAAGUUGGCUCGCCUGAGCAUGGAAGGUUCAACCAUUCAUUGGUUCAACCUGUUGAUGGAGAUAGAAGAUGAGUUGUCAUGGGAGAAGAUGAAGCGAGCGUUAAUUGCUCGUUAUGGAGGACGUCUUCUGGAGAAUCCAUUCGAGGAGCUUUCAACGUUGAGACAAAAGGGAAGUAUGGAGGAAUUCGUCGAAGCUUUUGAGCCGUUGUCAUCGCAAGUUGGAAGGCUUCCUGAAGAACAAUACCUGGGAUAUUUUAUGAGUGGAUUGAAACCCCAAAUUCGAAGGAGGGUGCAUACUCUGAAUCCUCGAAAUAGGAUGGAGAUGAUGAGGAUUACGAAUGAUGUUGAAGAGGAAUUGAAGGAGGAAGACGACGAUGGUGAGCGUCGUGAUGUGAAAAAAGGGGGGUACGAGCGUGUGGGCCAGAAGGAUUGGGCCGGGUUACUAAGGAGUAAAGGUGGGUCUCAACCCAGGGAUGCAACUCGUUCGUUUCAGUCGGGUGGGUUAAACCCGAGUCAGAAAACGGGUUCGAUUGGAUCCAACACAAAUUCAACUUCGUAUUUGGUUUCCUCAGCUUGCAAAAACGACGGGGGUCCGUGUUCCGACGCGAUGGAGAGGUGGAAGGGAAUACGAAGUAUCCACAAUGAUGAAUUCGAAGAGAGGAUAAUGAAGGGUCUAUGUUUCAAAUGUGGGGGAAAAUACCACCCUACGUUGCAUAAAUGUCUAGAACGAGCUCUUAGGGUUCUAAUCUUAGGAGAAGGUGAAACCAUGACAGAGAAAGGGGAAAUUGUGAGUAUGGAGGACGUGACGGUGGAAAGUGAAGAAGAAGUGGAGGUGGAAUGUAAACUGAUGGGGGUAUUGGGAAGCAUGGGUGAGUCUCAUACCAUGAAGGUUGAAGGGAAGAUACAGAAUGUAGAUUUAUUGGUGUUGAUUGAUAGUGGUGCGAGCCACAAUUUUAUUUCUCCCAAAGUGACUACUGCUUUGGGUCUUGUCAUCACACCUACAGCAGCUAAGAGUAUCAAGCUUAGUGAUGGUCAUAAGGUGAUAACAAAUGGAGUGUGUAAAGGGGUCAAUAUGAAGGUGGGAGGGAUUGAAGUGAUUGUGGAUGCGCUGGUGUUGGAGCUAGGGGGAAUGGAUAUGGUGUUAGGAGUUGCCUGGUUAAGCACUCUUGGGAAGGUGAUUAUGGAUUGGAAGGCAAUGACUAUGCAAUUUUCGUAUGAAAAUGAGUUGGUGAAAUUGCAAGGUCAAGGCAGCAAGGUGGUCAGACAAUGUUAUCUGAACUCCUAUCUUGAGGACACUCAUAGUAGAACUGAGCUGGGCUGGUGGUGGGCUCAUUUACAGUCAAUGGAAGCAACCAAGUCAGUGGUUCCCAAAGGCUUAAAUCCAGUACUAGAAGAAUUCCAGGAAGUGUUUGGAGACAAUAUUCAUCUACCUCCUGAGAGGAGUCAGGUGCAUCAGAUUAAGCUUUAUCCUGAUCAUGGUGCCAUUAAUGUCAGACCCUACAGGUACCCUCAUCACCAAAAAGAAGAAAUUGAGAAGCAAGUGUCAGAACUGUUGAAAGCUGGAGUCAUUCGGCCGAGUAUGAGUUCAUUUUCAAGUCCUGUGAUAUUAGUCAAUAAGAAAGACAAGAGCUAG